AGGCGUGAGCCACCGCACCUGGCCUUGAGCAUGGAUUUCUAAUUUUCCCCAGGAGUUAGCAGAACCCCCAGCAGGGUCUGUCUGGCAGCUACUGGAGAAAACAUGGCCAAGUUUGCCCUGAAUCAGAACCUGCCCGACCUGGGCGGCCCUUGCCUGUGUCCGGGCCCCACCGGGGGCGCCAGCAGCCCAAGCUCGCCCUACUCGGUGGAGACGCCCUACGGUUUCCACCUGGACCUGGACUUCCUCAAGUACGUGGAGGAGCUGGAGCGCGGCCCCGCAGCCCGCCGUGCCCUGGGACCCCCGCCCGCACGCCGCCCCCGUGCGCCCCGGCCCAGCCUGGCGGGCGCGCGCAGCCCAGGCGCCUGGACAUCCAGCGAGUCCCUGGCCAGUGACGACGGCGGAGCGCCCUCGGGGCUCCUGCUGCCGCCACUGUCCCCGCGCGCCCCCGUGCGUAACCCACGCGUCGAGCACACGCUCCUGGAGACCAGCCGACGGCUGGAGCUGGCGCAGACGCACGAGCGCGCGCCCAGCCCCGCCCGCGCGGUCCCGCUCAGCCCGCGGGGUUCUGGUCGCAGCAGCCCGGUCCCCAACCGCGCCCCCGCCUCGCCGGGCCCCGCGCAGCUGCAGCUGGUGCGCGAGCAGAUGGUCGCGGCGCUGCGGCGCCUGCGCGAGCUCGAGGACCAGGCGCGCGCGCUGCCCGAGCUGCACGAGCAGGUGCGCGCGCUGCGCGCCGAGAAGGCGAGGCUGCUGGCCGGGCGCGCGCAGCCCGAGCCCGACGGGGAGGCCGAGGCGCGCCCGGACAAGCUCGCCCAACUGCGGCGGCUCACCGAGCGCCUGGCCACCUCCGAGCGCGGCGUCCGCGCCAGGGCCAGUCCCCGGGCUGACGGCCCCGACGGGUUGGGUGCCACGCGCACCGAGGGCGCACUCCAGGUCCUCGACGGCACGUCCCAGCCGCCCGACUGGGCGCCCCAGACCCGGGAGGCGGGAUCCCAGGCCAUGCCCGAGACCCGAGACGAGGGUGCCCUGGCGGUGCCGGAGACACGGGAGGCCGGCGUGGAGGCGGCCCCCGAGACCGUUGAGGCGGACGCGUGGGUGACCGAGCCGCUGCUGGGGCUGCCCGUGGCCGCCGAGCGCGAGCUGGAGCUGCUGCGCGCCAGCCUGGAGCACCAGCGCGGGGUGAGCGAGCUCCUGCGGGGCCGGCUGCGGGAGCUGGAGGAGGCCCGCGAGGCUGCGGAGGAGGCGACGGCGGCCCGGCCCCCGCCGCGCGAGGCCGCCACCCAGACCCCGUGGAGAGGUACCGAGAAGGCCACGCAGACUGAGUCCCCGGCGGAGGCCCCGUCCCUGACUCAGGAGGACGUUCCUGGAUCCACGGAGGGAGACAGAGCCCUGGCCCCCGCGGGCAUCCUCAAAUCCAUCAUGAAGAAGAGAGACGGUACACCUGGUGCCCAGCCCAGCCCUGGGCCCAAGAGCCUGCAGUUCGUUGGGGUCCUCAACGGAGAGUACGAGAGCUCGUCCAGCGAGGACGCCAGCGACUGCGACAGCGAGGACGGUGGCGCCGAGCUUCCUAGGAGCUCGUCCUCGGGCUCGGGGGACGACAGCGGUGGGGGAUCUGACUCAGGCCCUCCUAGCAGCGGGGUUGUCCGGGACCCUGAGCCCGAGGCAGAGGCCGAGCCUCAGCCAGCCGCACAGGGGAGGUGCGAGCUGAGCCCGCGGCUGAGGGAGGCGUGCGCAGCGCUGCAGCGCCAGCUGAGCCGGCCCCGCGGAGGAGCCCGCGACAGCGGCGCGGCACGCCUGGUGGCCCAAGAGUGGUUUCGAGUGUCGAGCCAGCGGCGCUCUCAGGCGGAGCCCGUGGCCAGGGUGCUGGAAGGGGUGACGCGCCUGGGACCAGAGCUGCUGGCGCACGUGGUGAACCUGGCAGAUGGCAACGGGAACACGGCCCUGCACUACAGCGUGUCCCAUGGGAACCUGGCCAUCUCCAGCCUGUUGCUGGAUACGGGGGUCUGUGAGGUCAACCGCCAGAAUCGAGCCGGCUACUCGGCCCUCAUGCUGGCCGCGCUCACUUCCGUGGGGCGUGAGGAGGACGUGGCUGUGGUACAGAGACUCUUCCGCAUGGGUGAUGUCAACGCCAAGGCCAGCCAGACAGGGCAGACGGCACUCAUGCUGGCCAUCAGCCAUGGCCGACAGGACAUGGUGGCAGCUCUGCUGGCGUGCAGGGCCGAUGUGAACGCACAGGACGCAGACGGGGCCACAGCACUGAUGUGUGCCAGUGAGUACGGGCGCCUGGACACUGUUCGGUUGCUACUGGCCCAGCCAGGCUGUGACCCUGCCAUCCUGGACAAUGAGGGCACCAGCGCCCUGGCCAUUGCCCUGGAGGCUGAGCAGGAUGAGGUGGCUGCUCUGCUGCACGCCCACCUGAGCUCGGGCCAGCCUGACACCCAGAGCCAGACACCCCCUAAGUCCCCCACAGCCGCACCUGGUGAAGGAGGAUGCAGUGACAAUCGUGGAGACCCCUGGCCUCAGUGAGCUGCUGGACUCAGUGGACCUGGAUGAGGGGAGAUCUUUCCUUCCCCUACCUCAGCCUCUGGGACAGCCAGGAUCCUCUGUACAGAUGAUAACCCUGGCCCAAACGCAAGGCUGUGUCUGCUUGGAUGGCUGUGUCAGGGACCCAUGAAAGUGAGGUGGGGGCCAAGAAGUGACACAGCCCUGGUCCACUCACUUCCCCAAAUUUCUUUCCCAA